AUGAAACGUUUCGGCCCGGAAGUCCGGGAGAAGAUGAGGAAGAUCAACCUCACGAUGAUGGCAGUCAGACUCCGUCGUGUCAACGUGGCGUUGUUGAUCACUGUUGCUGUUAGUCUACAUAUCGGGAUUAGGAGGCUCGCCGGCGCCGACUAUUACCUCUACUGGUUUCUCGCCCUUUUCUGCUGGCGGUAUCUCCGGUUUGUUGUCAACCUGACGGCAUUCUGGUGUUAUCCCCCAGCACCCAAGCCCAGCAAACCGACUUACACGCCGUCCAAGGAUGUCACAGCAGUGAUCCCCACUGUCAGCACAGAUCUGGAGACCUUCCACAAAACACUCGCAUCUUGCGCAGAUAAUGGGCCGGCAAAAGUUAUCGUGGUGACUGCCGGCAAUGAGCUCUUCGCUAAAGUGUCUUCGUGUGUCGACACGGUCAGCUCCAAGUAUCCAUCAAUACAAUUUGUGGUUGAAACAGCUCAGGUUCCUAGCAAACGGGGCCAGGUCGCCCUUGCUGUGCCGCAUAUUGAGACCGACAUCACGGUUCUUCUCGACGACCAUGCUUUCUGGGGUCCACGCUAUCUCGAGACGCUACUCUACGCGUUUGAGGACCCAUUAGUGGGGUUGGCUGGUACCAACAAGCGUGUCCAGCGCAAGGAAGGCCUGGGUCUCUGGGGCCGGAUCUGGAACAUGCUCGGGGCAACCUAUCUCUGCCGGCACAACUUUGAGAUUCGCGCCACCAACGCCGUAGACGGCGGAGUCUUUGUUGUCUCCGGCAGGUGCUCAGCUAUACGCACCGAUAUCCUGCAUCAUCCCGAAUUCCUUCCCCAUUACACUAAUGAGAGGUUCUUCUUCAGCAUGUUCGGACCCCUGAACCCGGACGACGACAACUUCAUCACUCGCUUCGCCGUCCGCCACGGCUGGAAGAUCAAGAUUCAGUACGCCGAGGAUUGUGUAUUGCACACGACAAUUGGUGUCGACGCAGUCCCGCACACCAAGUUCCUAGGCCAGUGCAAGCGUUGGGCGCGGACGACUUGGAGGUCGAACCUCUGCAGUCUCAUCACGGAGCGUAGCGUGUGGGCAUGCCAACCUUAUUGCGUCUACGCUGUCUAUCUUACGUCGCUGACCAACUUUGCGGCCGUUACGGAUGGCCUGCUCGUCUACCUCUUCACGAAAUGCUCCGCCUACACCACCACCACGUUCGCGGGUUUGGUAUGUUGGAUUUUAUUUACAAAGAUGGUCAAGGUGUUCGACUACUUCCGCCGUCAUCCUCAGGACAUAUUUCUCUUUCCAGUCUAUGUCUCAUUUGCCUACUUCCACAGCUUUAUCAAGCUCUGGGCUCUGCUGACCUUUUGGGACUGUGCUUGGUGCGGGCGGAAUCUGGCUCAGAUCAAAGUCGCCGACAACGACGCCGAUGUUAUCGAAAACGAGAAGCCUAUCCAAAAGUGGUUCGCCUCCCUCCGCUCGAUUCGCAUCCGCAUCCAAGGCUCGCACACACAACACACGGCGGACAUCUAAGCAUAGGAGCAACCCUAAGUUAUUAUGUGAGCUGGGGCCGCCCCCGCAAGUCGUUCGCCAACCUACAGGCCGACCAUAGAGCCAUUAGUAGAGUCACGGCUAACGUGACCGGGGCGGAGGAGAAAAGGAGAGGUUGGGUGUUAGGUCAACUUCAAUCGAAUGAAUUCCGG